GCGUCUCUAACAGCUGUUCGCCCUUUGCUCGCAGGAUUUGAAAUCAGUUGAUUGCACGUGCUUAUACUAAUUAGAAAAGAAGAAGAUAAUUGUUGAGACUGUUGCAGAAACAAUGGAAGAAGAGGGCAGCGUCAAAGCACCAGUGACGAGAUUACGACGCCGGCUCUCCGUAGAUCAAUUAGACGAUACCAAAUCACCUUCUGCACCUUCCACCCCCACCAAGAAAAGGGGUCGGCUGGCUGCUAAGCCACAACUGGAAUUGAUUGAUGAAAAUGUUCCACAGAACAGUCCCAGAAGGACAACAAGAAAAUCUAUGGCCCGAGAUGUUGUCGACGAAGAAAAGCCCCUCACACCAGGACGCCGCAGUACCAGAGUUAAAUCCAACACCAGUACUGUGUCAGAGACUCCCCAGGACGAUGAAAGGUCUCAAACUCCAUCCAGGCGGUCUACAAGAAUUAAGUCGAAUACCAGUAUUAUCUCAGAAACUAUAAAUGUUGACUCGCCUCGUGCUAUAAGAGCUGCUGCCAGGAGAAACUCCCAACUUGGUAGUGAGACAGAAACUACGCUGACUCCUACUAGACCCAGACGUAACAGAAAGGACUCUACAUCCAGUAUUGAUAAACAAGAAAGUGCAGUAACACCUUUGAGGACAAGGCAAACUAGAAAAGAAUCUUUGACCACGGACAAAGAAGUGGACGCCGUACCUAGUAAAUCCACAUCACUUAUUACUUUUGUUAUAUCAGAAGUGCCAGAAACCAACACAGAACAAUCUACCUCGAAAGCCAGUCUUGACAAUAUUAAUAGAGAAACUUCCUCCCAAACUAACCUUCGUAAAAGUCCCAGGUUAAAGGCUAAAAGCAACAGAAGCCAAUCCGAAAGGGAUGAUAGCAAUGAUAGGAAACCAGAAAACCAUGAAAAUAUUCAGGAAGUAAAUCAAGACACGGAUUCAGAAACUCAAGCUCUGUUUGGAGUAUCUGAUGGAAAAGUUAUGCUAUCUCAAUUGAGCAAUAAUUUCAUUAUACAAUUGGAGUCUGAUUCAAAGAGAAAUGACUUAUCCCAUUUGAACAAAAGCACUUCAGUAAUUAAAGAUACCGAUAAUUCUAAAACCAAAAGACAUAGGACAAAAUCGUGGACAACUUUAUCUGCAAGUCCUUCUAGUGACAGCAAUUUCCACAGUGACAAUGAAAGCGCUAAGAAUAAAUUUAAAAAGCAUGAGAAGAAAUUUUGUCAAUUUCCUGUUGGCUCUGGAGAUAGUGUGCAUAAUAAAUCUAAUACAGAAGAGAUCCGACCAGAUAAUAAUGACAUACGUUUUAUUAAUACAUUAUCAAAACAGACAAAAAUACUUGACAAGGAAGCUGAUACUGGUAAUAAGCAAAUUAUAGAAGAUUCUGUUACUCCUGAUAAUUCUAUAAAACAAAACGAAUCCUUAUGUGAUAAAUCUAAACCAACUGACUCUAUUAACGAAGGUGAUAAAGAAAAGGUCCUUGAUGCAAACACUGACAGUAAGAACUCGAGUGCUACUGAAAUUUUAUUUGAUAAAUCCCCUGGAGAAAUAAAAGCUCUGGUAUUUAUUGAAGAUUCAGAUUCGAAUUCGGAAAGCAACGAGAAAAAAGCGAAAGAACCAAUACUAGAAGGAGACGACCAAUGCGUACCAGUUGUAUAUCGCGCAGCUUGUCACGAAAGUGAAAGUCGAAGUUGUGAAAUAAUAUCACAAGUGAAUAUCCAAGAAUUUGGAACAUUGAAUAACCCUCAAGAGAACACUAGGGUUGAUGAUAGUUGUGAACCUAUGGAAGUUGAUGUUACGAUACCCGAAAAUGUGUCAAUAAUUGACUCUAAAAAAACCAUUGAACAACAACUGUGUAAUGAAACAUCUGUCAAAGAAACUGAAGAGUUUACUACUGCUAACACAAGUCUUGAUAAAUCUAAGCGGAAAUCCUCAUCACAGUUUUUCACCCAAGACCUUGAAAAAUCUUCAAACGAAAACAAAAGCACCCUUAUUUUAUCACAAAUUAAAGAUGUUUCGAAUACUAACAUAAAUGCAUCAAAGUCUCCUAAAGUUUUAAAUGAUUUAUCUGCAACAGACAUAACUAAACAAGAAGUCGUAAGCAAAAACCUAUCUGUUAACUAUUUAACCAGUACACCUGUGCAACAAAGAGAUAAUAAAAAACCUGAGUUAGAAAUGAACACCUCUGUAAUAACCCCACGCAAUGAAAGCAAAAAAGAAAUUAAAACAAGUAAAGAACGCUCAGAAGUAGUUGUAUCUUUAGCUUCUGAAAGCUCCGAAAAUGAUACAUCAGACGAGGAUUCGGAACACGAAAUAAAUGAAAAAUCGAAAGAUAAGUAUGAGUUUUUGGACAGCGAAGCUGAAAACGCAGGCGAUAACUAUGAAUCAGGAGACAGCCAGGACGAGGAUGAAAUACAAUAUGAAAAAGAUAACGAAAUAUUAGAAAAGGGUGAAACUCUUACUUCUGAAGAAGAUCUAUCUACCGACUCUGACUACGAAAAAGAUUCAUUUAUUGUAAGUUCUGCCGAAGAAGACAAUGAACUGCUGAGUGGAUCUGGUGAUGACUUAGACAUGAGUGAUAAUGAGCUAAGAAUGAGCACGAAGUCUAAAAAGAAGUACGAUGAGCGUAAGAAGAAAGAGCAGAAAAAGGCAUCCAGAGAAAUGUAUGAAUCACGUCACAAACUUGAUAAAUCUGGAGAGACUAAUUCCGAAAUGUCAAAACUAAAAAAAAGUAAUCGUUUACGCUUAUAUUCUACUUUAUUGGAAUCUGGUGAAGAUAAUAACAUGCCCCCAAAGAAAAAUAAACGUAUGAGGUUGGAAUCUACUUUUGAAACUAGUGACGCGAUAUCUGAUGCAGAAGUGCCAACUAAAAAUAGUGAAAGCGUCGUAGAGACGGACAACGAAGAAAUUGGAUAUAAAAAAAAGAAGACUAAACGCUUAUCAGAAUCGGUAUGCAACGUAAGUGUUGUCAAUGAAAAAGAAAUUACCAUCAGUGAAAAUGCUACAGAAGAAACGGACCCUUUGUUGAUGAAAGUGAAACCAGAACCGAAAACACCUCGUAAAGAACUUGAUAUAUCGACUGUUCACUUUACUUGCACAGAAGAAAUAGAAGAAGUUCAAGUAGAUGAAAAUAUAUCUGUAAUAAAACCUAACGAAACUAUGGAUCCUUUACAUGGUACGACGGCACAAGAAAAUAGCAACAGGGACAAUGACUCCUCAAUGAGUGAGAAUGAGGAAAUUACUAAAAAUUACAAUUCUGUUCUAAACCAGUUAAACAAAGGAAACAAACACAAACAAGUAAAAUCUGGCGACACGUCUUUGAACCUAGAUAAAAAACAGAAAAAGUCUAAAGAGCCUGUAAUUGAGGAAUUAAAUCUUACUAUAGCCAAAAAGAAAAAAAGAAAAGAUGAAUCUGACAAACCAAAUGAAAAAACUGUUAAGCGAGUUUUUAAGAAACUGUCGGUAAACGACAAUUCGGAGGACUCCAUGAAUUUGAAUCUGUUGUUUUCUGAUGAAAGCAAUGAUAUCGGAAAAAGUGGUGAUAGCGGGAAUCAAACAGGUAGUGUUGAUAGCUUUAUACCACUGAAAAGGACUGAAGCAAAGACUGAUAUUAGGUCAAGUAUAGUUGUUGCUGAAAAUUCUCAAAACGAAAGCGUGAAUACAAAACCUAAAAAGAAAAACAAAAGAAAUUCGAAACAAACUGAACAAAUAGUGAAAGAGCACAACAGUAAUGAUGGCGAAGAAAUAAAGUUCUUCAUAGACACAACAGGCACUCGAUUUGAUAUUGAUAAAUCAUUUAAAGAAUCCUUGAACACAAGUGAAAAAAAGAAAAAUAAGAACAUAACAAUCAAAGAUGGUGGAAAAGAUGAUUCUGACUCUAAUGAAGCUCCAGUGGAAAUAUCUUUUAAAAGUGCGAAAGUCAAAAAUAAAGCUAAAAGGUUUUCUGAGAUUCUCGAAGAAGACGAAAACCUUCUUACUCGUUUGUUACAAACGCCUGGAAGUGAGAAGAAAAAGAAGAAUAAAUUGACUGAAUCAGAGAAAUUAGAAACUUUAGGUCAACUGUACGAAGAUGAGUCCGUAGAUAUGGCAAGUGAGGAAAAUACUGACAUGUCACUUAGCAUAACACCUGGCAGUGAAAAGAAAAAGAAAAAAAUGUCCAAGUCACAUCAUCGGGAUCACGAUUCACCUAUACAAGAACAAGACAAUAUCGUCGAGACACAGGCUAACGCUUCGCUGAGUAAAACUCCUCGUAGUGAAAAGAAGAAGAAUAGGCUAUCUGAGUCAGAAACAGGUGACAACAUGUUGACUGUAAAAACUCCCAACAUUUCCGAUAAUGCAAAGAAGAAGAAGAACUUUUCUAUAACCCGAGAAAAUGCCCAGGACAAUGAUGGAACAUUUAAAACAGUAAAAAUUCAAGAAGAGUCUAAAGAAACUUCAAAGAAAAGAAAAAGACAAUCACCAGGCAAGCAGACCAAUGAAGAAGCAACUCUGGUGCCUGAAAACUCUAGUACUGCAGAUGAGAUUGUUGGAAAUAAGAAGAAAAAGAGGAAAAUUUCUGGUAAUAACGAGGACAAUAAUAUCGUGUCAGAUACAAAGAGAAAGGAGCGCGAUGACGAUGAUUGCAUCAAGAAAUCGAAGGUUGUAAAGCGGAACUCUUCCGACCAAAUUCACGUCUCUCGGCUCCCUGUUGCCAUCUUAAACCAACUAAAUGACAAACCUAAAAAAGAAUUCCUUGAAAUGAAGAAAUCUAAAUUAGUAUCGACCACUGAUUUUGUUAUUGAAGUAACAAAGAAACGGAAAAAUAAGCCUUCUAACUUCUUGGAAGAAAGUGUGUAUUUGAAUACAGAUGACGACAUUGAGGAGAAAAAAUUGAACGCAAGAGCAAAAAAACCUAAAGUGCUGCCAUAUCUGCCUACAGUCUGUACUUCAUACAGUGGAUUUACAACUAACUUCCAGGUGACUGUGCUGCCAAAAAAGUUCGAAUUUGUUGCACAAUCACAUGAGACUACCAAUUUUAAAACGGCUUAUUUAGAAAACAAAAGAAUGAAGAAGUUGCGAACAUACGACCUCUACAAAAAACGAAGGAAUGCCAAGUUGACCAAGUAUUAAGACAAGAUAUUGAAACACCAUACAACUAUUCCACCUGUUUUUAAAUUAUCGUUCUUAAACCAACCUUGGUAACAGUUAAGUUGAAAAAAAAAGUUAGCAAACAUUAUUUUUAAAUUAGUAUAUAAAUGAGACUACUUAAUAUUAUGAUGCAUGAUUCAAAUAUAUUUUUAAUUGUUAUUGUGAAGAGGACAAGCGAAAGUGACGCAUUUUACGAAUUAUUUUAAUCAUGUAGAAACGAGUUUUAAGUUAUUCCAAACACGUACAUGUGUUUUGGCACUUUGAUUGUGCAUGUAGUUAUUUGCGAACAACCGCUGUACGUUUGAUAAUUUAUUCGUUUGAUCCUUGUUUUGUAAUUCGUGUUUAUUUUCUUAGUGCUUGUCUUACGUAGGUAAUUGCAAAGAAAUUGUUAAAAGAUUCUUGUUUCGUAGGCAAUCGUUAUUAUUGAAUAUUUGUUAGUGUUAUUUGUUAGUAUGAAUUGUUGAAGGGAAUAUUGUUAAUCUUUUUACAUUACAGGAUCUUUUUUACUGUUUUAAUUAAAAAUGUUGUAAACGAUUAACUCCUCCUUUCGAAUAUGCCGCCUUAAAAUAAACGGUGUCACUAGAUGGCGUUAGCGUUUUCGAAAAGUGGUAUCGCCCAUGUGCCUUGUGUUUUUAUGUUUCAUUAUCAAGUUUGACUUUAUUAUGUAUU